AUGGAUUUUUAUAAAGACGAACAAGUGUUAAGUACAUCGCAGAAGAAGAAACUUAAAAAGAAGUUAAAGCAAUACCAGGAACAGUUGGAAUCAGAGCAACGAUCAAAUUCAGAAGUUGAUGUUGGCAGGCAGGAAUAUAAACUUUUGCAGGAUAAAUUACAGGAGUUGGGUUUAAAAAUUCACGAUAUACAACCAGAUGGAAACUGUUUAUUCAAGUCCAUAGAACACCAGCUGAAAUAUUACAAUGAGAAUGGGUAUAAUUUACCAAAAUUCGAUUAUAUGGAUCUGAGAAGAUUAGCUGUGGAUCACUUAAAAAAGAAUCAAAAUGAAUACGAAAAUUUCUUAGCUCUAAGCAACACCAAUGAAAAUGUUAAAACGAACUACCUAACAUAUUGUGAAAAUAUGUUAAAGGACGGCGAAUGGGGAAGUGAGCUGGAAAUAAUUGUUUUAACUAAGCUAUUAAACUGUAAUAUUAAAAUACACAACUCCGACAACACAAUAGAGUACAAAGCAACAAAUAACUCUGGAACAACUCUAAACAUUUCCUAUCAUAAACAUCAAUAUGUACUGGGAGAACAUUAUAACUCUAUAAUACCAAUUUAAUAUAAAAUUU